AAGCGACGCAUGCGCAUCAGGACGCCGCUUUGCUUUGAGUCGAAAUGAUGGCCGACGCGAUGCAGACAGACGAUUUUCCUUAUUUACCGUCGGGGGCGGCGGAAGUAAAUAAGAUGAUAAAGGAGCACGGCGACCUGUUUUCUGACUCUCAGUGUAAAGUCUGCAGUGCUGUCCUCAUUUCAGAGUCUCAGAAGUUGACUCAUUAUCAGAGCAAGAAACACGGCAACAAAGUGCGCCGUUAUCUUUCCAUCCAGAACGAGACGGAGCCGUCGCUGAAGAGGUUCAAGUCGUCAACGUCUGACGGCCAGGAUUGUAACAACGGGGAUGCCAACCGGUCAAAGGUGUGUCACGUAUGUAACAUGACCUUCUCCUCUCCCGUGAUGGCCGAGUCUCACUACCAGGGCAAAGUUCACGCCAAGAACCUGAGGCUUAAAGCUGUCGGCCCCCUGCCCCCAGCAGUAGCAUCCCAGACGACGACGCCGCCGCCGCCAAAGAAGAAGCCCGGGGACGACGCGAGCGGCGUCCCGCCGCCGGGCGCCGACGACAACAGCAACCCGGACCGCUUCUGCUCCAUCUGCCAGGCCUCCUUCAACAACCCGCUCAUGGCCCAGCAGCACUACGUGGGCAAGAAGCACCGGAAACAGAUGACCAAGCAGAAACUGAUGGAGACGUACGGCCCCUCCACUGCACCAGCUUCCACACUAAAGGGCUACCCAUGCACCGUCUGCAGCAUCGAGCUGAACUCCGUGGAGCAGUACCAGUCUCAUAUUAGUGGAGCCAAACACAAGAACCAAGUGAAGAAAUCCGGCCUGAACGCGGCGGAGAACCAAGACGCAGCCGAGGAGUCGUUCGCGCCCGACGUCCCGUACGCCGCCGAAGACGGGUACGCUCCCGAAAACAACGCGUACGCUCCAGAGGACACGGAGUACUCGGAGGAGAACCAGUUUACUUGAAGGCCGGGCUGGUAGAGACUGCAGAGGACUCAGUCAGGACUUGGAAGGACACAAAACAACCAGCCCCCUUUUAACCCAUUAACAUAAACCUGCCAGAGUCUCUUCUCAGUAGGUCCCCCCCCCCCCCCCCCCCGGACUGAAAUGGUUUAAAGUUCUCUUUUUUUUUUUGACAAGGACCCAAACGCACUGAUCAAGUCUCAUCUGAAGUGCACCAAUCGAUGGUCAUGUGGCGCAUUGCAGAUUUAUAAAUGUCAGCCCCACAGAAGCAGCUUCAGGAGAAGGUUGCUAUACAGACAACAUUUGUGUAAAUAACCGAUACCCUUUAAGACUUAAAACUGUCAUUCUAUAAUUUAAAAGAUUAACUAGAUGAUGGGAAAUUGGCAUCACGACAUCUGCCAGGUGUAAGAUGUGUUUUUUAGGGGGGGGGAACAAGUGCAGGAGAGGAACGGCCUUUGUUGCUUAUCUGAUGCUCAGAAAUGGAAACUAAUUCAGAGCUGGAAACCUUUUUACUGCAAAGCGCUUGUGUCGGAUGCUUUCAGUGCGUUUGGGCCUCGAUGGAAGGAGCCGCUGACGUGGAUCAAGGAUGGCAGGAAGUCUUCUGUUGACGUACCGACUGGAGCUCUCCAUGGCAUCGUGGGAAGUCCGCCAAUGCCUAAAAAAAAAAAACAUGGUGUUUUUACAAAACGUCUUAUUUAAGUAAAAUGUAAAGGAAACUAUGACUCCCAGAUCCACAGAGGCUCAAACCAAGUAUGUAAGUGUGAAACUCGGCCUUGGUGCACGCACCAGGGGCACAGAGUUCUUUGUCCAUUUAAAUAUGUGGUACCUCCAGUAUUUACCUAAAUGUUGGCUUUUAGGUAGAAUCUGACACAUUUAAUCACCAGCUGUAGAUGACUUAACGUUAUUGUUGACGAGCUACCUGAGGCCCCUCGUUGAAGUGCAUGAACCUUAACGAUCUGUUGAUCGGUGAGCUGUUUAAAAGCUGGACAGCAGGGUAUUGUAAUCACUCAGCGCCCCCCCCCCCCUCUAACGUCUAACCAAUACUAACAUCCGGUACCGGAUCAAAGCAAAGCUGUUUUCCCGCAUUCCCAAUUUCCAGAACCCUCGCCUCCCCCCCCCCCCCCCCCCCGGGAAUGUUGUUGGUUCGCGUCUCCGGUGAAUGUAUUGAUCGACGCGUCUGCUCUUCCUUCGCUCUCUGCACGUCCGAGUGUCUCUGAACCUGUUUGGCGAAGCGGUGAAAUCGAACGUUUUGCCGGUUUGGACAUCGCCGCCCAGGCGGACGGAAGGAGAACUUUCUGCCCAGAUGCCGGAUAUCAUUUGUAAGGACAGAGGAUUUUAGUUUUUUUUUUUUUUUAAUUCACAGCCAGAAUAUCUCCGGAACCUCUUCAUGGAAAUGUUACUUAUUCUGCGUAAAUUAUCUAGAAAACCGUGUGAAUCGUUAUGAAUUAAUUUCCUUUUUACAGUUCUGGUGGCCCAGAGUUCCUCGUUUACCUUUUUUCUUGUUUGCAGAUUGUAAACAAACAAGCUAAUCCGGUUAAGAUUUAUUUAAUAAUGUGUUCCGGUAAGAUAUUACACUUACAUAAUGUCCGUAGGGUGUUUUAUCAGAACCGUCAUCGUUGCUGCUAAAAAGGUUGUUGUGAUGAUGUCAGAGAGCCUCGACUCUUCUGCUAGAAAACUCGCCACAAUUUGUCAACAGCAACAAGCAUUUUGUAGAGGUUGAUGUCUUUUUCUAAAGAUCCAGGCAGUGUGGGUAACUAAAACAAUGGAGAAAUGAAAGGGAUUUACGAAGAGAAACGUGAAUGUUCUCCUUUAAAAAGCAGUGGAUCUGUAACAGCUGUGAGCUUAAAGCAUAAGCUUUUUUCUUUCUUUUUUUUGUACCGUUUUAGUUUUAAUGAAAUAUUUUUAAAUACUUUCUGAGUUUUGGGCUUUGUACACUCUAGAAGAGACUGUAAUCUGCCUGUAGCAGUGAUGUCAAUGUCAGAAUACCGUUGUUGUUGUUGUUGUUGUUGUUUUUGUCCAUUUGUCGUCCUACAAGACAAUUGGUUGAAUUUCAGCAUUGAAUGUUCCUCAACCAUGUUUUACUUCACAGAGGGCUCAUACAUACUGUAUAGUUCAUGGUGUAUAGAAGACAAAUGGCCUUUUGUUUUGUUUCCAGUGAGUGUUUGGCGUUUUGUGAUCUAAGAUUUGUUUUAAAUAUAUGUUGUGUAUAACUGAGGGAGGGAGGGAGGGUGUGCAGCAAAAGAUGUGCAUAAAGUGCAGAAAUCAGUUGAUUUGUUUCUUUU